AUGAGAAACGGUAAUCAAACUACUAGUAUCAACUCAAAUCGUCGUAUAACAAGAUCCGCUACAGCAGCUCUUAACAAUCAAAUACUAGCUCAUAGUACAACACGAACUACGAGUGUUAAAAAAAAGCAACAACAACCAAAACAACGACAUCGACCAGCACGAGUUAAUCGACCAGAAGGAUAUGCCAAGAACAUUGAAAAAGACACAAUUUUAAUAUGUAUGAACUGUGAAGUUAAACUGAAGGAUAAGCUGUUUGCUUUAGAUUGUGGACAUGUAAGUUGUGGAGAGUGUCAAAGCCAAUUCAAAGCACACAAAAAAUCAUGUCCUGGUUGUGGGAAAAAAACAAAACAAGCUUUACAAUUAUUUGCAUGA